CACUGCCCAGGGCUGCCUCGCCGGGCUUGGGAGCCUGGGCUGGGGCUGGGGACCGGGCUAGGAGGCUGCAAGCGAGAGGAACACCUGGGCUCUGGAGGCUGUGCGGGCCCGCGGCCCUUGGGGGAUCCUGGACGCCCGGGGGCUGGAGGCGCCUGCCCCUCCCCCAGAUGCAGCAGCCACCACCACCACCGAUGCCUGCACAACAGCAGCAGCAGCAGCAGCAACAACAACAGCAGCAGCAGCAGCAGCAGCAGGAAGGAGCAGGGACGAUGCUCAUGGACCUGGAGACCCCAGAAGAGGUGCAGGCCCGGAGCCUGGGCAGAACAGUCAAAUCCUCGAAGCUUCAGGUUCGUCAGAUCCUAGCGGAGUAUGAGGCCUUGGACCGGGAGCUCCCCUGUAUCCGAAAGUUCCCCAGCCCACCCCCAGCCCAGCCCCUCUGCUUGUGCAUGGAGACUGCGCCGGAGUAUGACUUCACCCACCUGGACUUGCUGGAUGCCCUGGAGGCUGAGGUGCCAGGCGCCCUAGAGAGCGGGCGAGUGAGCAGCAUCCGCUACGAGAACAUGAAUGUCAUCUGUGGGACAGCUGGGCGCAAGGACCGGUGGCUCAUCACCGUCACGGACUUCCAGACCCGCUCCCGCCUGCUGCGCUCGGGGCUCCGCCCCCGCGGGAUCCUCCACCCACUAGCGCGCCACGACGAACUCCUGCUCGGAGACUACCGCCUGCACCUGCGCCGAGCCCUGGCCCGACGGCGCAUGCUCGAGGCCCUGGGGGCAGGGCCCACUGAGGAAGACUGAGGGCGGAGUGACGCCUGCGCACCAGCCCCGCGGGCCCCUCGCCUGGAGGAGUGGGCUGGCGGGACGGGGUGGGGCUUCAGGGGGCGGGGCCUGCCUAGAAAGGAGGCGGUGCUGGCUCGAGGGGAGGGUGGAUACUGUGAGUUUAAUUAUAAAGAAUGACCCGGUACAAAAAGCCAUUUCUUUGCAAAAUCGGGGAGGGGGAGGGGACACCCCCAUCUAUUCCUGCCUCCCCUGCCCCUCCCCAGACCGUGGCCUCGGCUCGGACGCCUGGGUCCCGACCCCGGCCCGGGAGGGGCGUGGAAAGAACCGGGCCUGGGACGUGGAGAGCCUCGAGCCCUCCACCCCGUCCUGGCCGCGAGGGACGAGGCUGAGGUCCGGUGAGGUCGGGCUACUUGCCCAGGGUCGAACAGCUCGCGAGUGGCAGAAUCCGCCUUCUUACUGCGCGGCUGCUUUCUUGCCCCCGCCCCCGCCCCCCCCCAGGAACCCAGGC